AUGACAGUAGAGGGAGCCAUCGGUGUCGGCAGCUUGAUCAUGGGCAGGUUAUUGGAUGCGCUAAAGAAAAACACGAAGCUGAGAAAGCUGAAGCUGAUCGCUGACCCGAGCGUGCUGAGGGCAUUCAAGAAUCUCUUUCAGCAAUUUCACGGUCAGGUGCUCCCUCCCGUGCCGAUGGGAUUGCCGUCGAAACUUGCUUUUCUAAGUGCCAUCGGCCACAAGGUUCAUGAAGGCGAUGAAACACCUCAUGCGGUCCAGCAACUGGACCAAGUUGCGGCGUCGCUUGUUUUUGAGUUUGCAGCCACCCGCGUGACUAUGUUUUAUGGUGCGCGUGAUAAGCAGCAAAUCGGAGAGGUUUGA